AUGGUUAGCAGAAAGAGGUGCUUGGUUCUUGGAUUCACUGCAUGUUUAUGGGUCGAAUUACGUGCUCAAGUUGAAAACGAGACUGAGUCAACAUGCAGGUUACUGCGCAAGUUUAAUUUGACUGGAUAUGUAGAAGCCAAAAACCAUUCAGUUGUUAUUGGGGGACUAUUUCCUAUUCACUCUAGGACCAUCCCAACAGAUGACACUGAUGGGGAACCAGUAUCAGCCAUGUGUGAAGGCUUUAACUUCCGGGGUUUCCGCUGGAUGAAAACCAUGAUCCACACCAUCAAGGAGAUUAACCAGAGGACGGACAUUUUGCCCAACCACACUCUGGGCUAUCAGAUCUUUGACAGCUGCUAUAGCAUUUCCAAAACAAUGGAGACCGCUUUGGCCUUUCUGACCGGGCAGGAGGAAUUCAAGCCCAACUUUAGAAACAGCACUGGAAAAUAUCUAGUAGGAAUUAUUGGAUCCGGGGGAUCAUCCUUGUCAGUUGCAGCUUCAAGAAUUCUGGGGUUGUAUUACUUACCUCAGGUGGGCUAUACCUCUUCCUGCCCAAUUCUGAGUGACAAAUUCCAGUUUCCAUCUUAUCUUCGAGUAAUACCCAAUGAUAAGAUCCAGUCUGAGGCCAUGGUGAAUCUUAUCAAACACUUUGGUUGGGUCUGGGUAGGCGCUAUUGCAGCUGAUGAUGAUUAUGGAAAAUAUGGAGUAAAAUCCUUUAGGGAAAAAAUGGAGACUGCCAACCUCUGUGUUGCUUUCUCUGAAACCAUUCCCAAAGUCUAUUCUAAUGAGAAAAUGCAAAAAGCUGUUAAGGCAGUGAAGGAUUCCACUGCCAGAGUUGUUGUGCUUUUCACAACUGACAUUGACCUCAGACCCUUUGUGCUGGAAAUGAUUCAUCACAACAUAACUGAUAGGACAUGGAUAGCCAGUGAAGCCUGGAUUACCUCAGCCCUCAUUGCAAAGCCUGAGUACUUUCCAUAUUUUGGAGGAAGUAUCGGAUUUGCAGUACCAAGAGCCGUUAUACCAGGAUUAAAAGAAUUUCUUUAUGAUGUACACCCUAGCAAGGAUCCAAAUGAUGUCUUGACCAUUGAAUUCUGGCAAACUGCUUUUAACUGCACCUGGCCCAACAGCAGUGUGCCUUACAAUGUGGACCACAGAGUGAACAUGACUGGCAAAGAAGACAGAUUGUAUGACAUGUCUGAUCAUCUCUGCACUGGAGAGGAGAAGCUGGAAGACCUGAAAAAUACCUAUCUGGAUAUGUCUCAGCUCAGAACCACGAACAACGUCAAACAAGCUGUGUAUGCUAUGGCUUAUGCCCUGGAUCGUCUCAGCAGAUGUGACUUGGAUGAAAUAGAUAAAAAAGAUAAACAAUGUUCACAUAUGCCUGACUUUGAGCCCAGGGAGCUAUUGACUUACUUUAAAAGCUUGAAAUUUACUACCCAUGAUGGAAGGAAAAUAAAGUUUGACAGCAACGGAGAUCCAGAAAGUGGAUAUUAUGAUAUCCUCAAUUGGCAAAUAGAUAACGCUGGGGAAAUUGCCUUUGUCAAAAUUGGAGAAUACAAAUUCCAAGAUACAAAUUUUGAACUUGUUAUACGAAAGAACUCAACGUUAUUUUGGAACACUGAAUCUUCAAGGCUUCCAGAUUCAGUAUGCACAAAACUGUGUUCUCCAGGGACCCGGAAGGGGAUUCGCCAGGGGCAACCCAUAUGCUGCUUUGAUUGCAUCCCAUGUCCUGAUGGAUAUGUGUCAGAGAAACCAGGCCAAAGGGAAUGUGAUUCAUGUGGGGAAGAUGAUUGGUCCAAUGCACAGAAGAGCAAGUGUGUGCCAAAGGAGGUGGAGUUCCUUGCUUAUGAGGAGGCCUUGGGGUUCACCCUUGUCAUCCUCUCCAUCUUUGGGGCCCUUGUGGUCUUGGCAGUCAUGGCGGUGUAUGUGAUCCACAGGCACACUCCAUUGGUGAAGGCCAAUGACAGGGAGCUGAGCUUCCUCCUUCAGAUGUCUCUGGUCAUCAUCCUGCUCUCAUCCAUGCUCUUCAUAGGCAAGCCACUCAACUGGUCCUGCAUGGCCCGCCAGACCACUCUGGCACUGGGCUUUUGCCUUUGUCUGUCUUCCAUACUCGGAAAGACUAUUUCACUCUUUUUUGCCUACAGGAUUUCCGUAUCCAAAACUCGGCUUAUUUCAAUGCACCCUGUUAUUCGAAAACUCAUUGUGCUGAUCUGUGUUUUAGGGGAGAUUGGUGUAUGCUCAGCUUACUUGGUAUUGGAGCCUCCGAGGGUGUACAAGAACAUUGAACCUCAAAAUGUAAAGAUCAUCUUUGAAUGCAAUGAAGGUUCUAUAGAGUUUCUGUGCUCCAUAUUUGGUUUUGAUGUCCUUCUGGCCUUACUGUGUUUCCUUACAACCUUUGUGGCUCGCCAGCUGCCAGAUAACUAUUAUGAAGGGAAAUGCAUCACUUUUGGGAUGCUGGUCUUUUUCAUUGUCUGGAUCUCUUUUGUCCCUGCUUACCUGAGCACCAAAGGCAAAUUCAAAGUGGCCGUGGAAAUAUUUGCUAUUUUGGCAUCCAGCUAUGGCUUGUUAGGAUGCAUAUUUCUUCCCAAGUGCUUCAUUAUUCUGCUGAGGCCAAAGAGGAACACUGAGGAAACUGUGGGUGGGAGAGUCCCCACUGUAGACAGGAGCAUCCAGCUGACCUCAGCUUCUGUGAGCAGUGAGCUUAACAACACCACAGUGUCAACUGUGCUGGAUGAUUAG